AUGAGAACCGCCGGACGUCCUUGCGCUGCCAUGACCCGUUCCGAUUCCACGAAUACCCUCGCCCGUUCCGAUUCCGAAAAUGGCGACGAGCUCUUGGACCCCGAAAUGCUGUCUUUACCCGGGGACAAAACACCAGAAGAGGCCCGUCUAGAGCGAGAAGGAUGUAUCAGGGACCUCCAAGUAUUUCGAUACAAUCUCUACAAAAAGGGACACAAGGCCGAUGAUUGGGGUGACUUUGCCGACCUAAUCCUCCUCGAAAAUACUCUGCGAGUGAAUUGUCAGACAGAGAUUGCCUUUCAUCAGGGCCCAACGACCGAUACCAGUUACUGGGUUCCCGAGCUCCCAAGCUUUGAGGAGGAGAUGAACUCACUCUACGAAGAUAACUGGAUGAGGACACGAGCUUGGUGGUAUGCACGUGGUACGCUCCUUGGUAUUUCCGGGCCCUUGAAGCGGGCAUUUGAGUUGUGGAGAUCUGAUCCUUUGUGGUACAUGCAUCCUGUUCUUGUUGAAGACUGCAAGUCUAAAGGCGGGUGUUGUGGUCGGAAUUGUGGAUGUUGUCGUGAUCCUGAACGUAAGAAUACUUCAGCUGGGCUGCUGGGUGUGGGACACUGUACUCCAAAUUGCCACUGUUGUAGGAGCUCACGUGGUUUUGAACUGAGUGAGAAGAGGGAGAGAUUUCUUGCGGAUCGGUUCUCAGUUUGUGGUUAUCAUGAUGAGCUACGAACUGUGGAGGAUGAGAUCCGUCCUUAUCAUCACCGGAUUUUCCUUGCUUAUUUCUGGGGGAUUGAAUGUGGAUAA